AAUAUAAAAUAUUUGACUACUUUAAUUGUAUUUUAAAGUACGUCGUAAUAACGAAUACGUAUCUAUAUUUAUUACACGUCUGAAUGUAUGUUUUACGUCUCCAAUCGGCGCACGACGAGUGUUACAAAUGUAAAUUACAUAUUAAAGAGGAAAUGGUAGCGAAUACAGGAAAGUACUCAGGAUUAGGGUAACUUCAUGCACAUCUCAAAUAUUGUGGGAAAUAAUAUCUAAAACAAAAAUGAAACUUAUAUGGAUUAUUGUUCACUAUAUUUUGACGGCGAAAUUUACGGCACUUGCUAAUGUAAACGACACAGAAAUACACGAGGUAAUCAUGAUCAAGCCUAGAUGUCUUGAAAAUGAAACGGUGUUUCACGCAUUAUUUUGCAACGAUAAACUAAAAUGCAAAGAUGGGAUUCCAAUACAAGAUGUUUAUGCUGAGUGGCAAAUAUGCGAAUUGUUGAGGAACAGCAAAACGCAGUAUUGUGUGGUAGAAAGAGACGAAAUAUGUAAAGAGAAAGUCGUAUGUUCAAACAUGAAUCCAUGUGAUGCAAGAUGUGAUUCUCAUUAUAAAUGUCAGAAUUCAGAAUGCAAGCUUCGUAGCACUGUGUGUAAUAAGAAUGCUUGUGAUGGUUGCACAGAAGAAGAUCACGAAUGGAAUAACGGAAUCGGAUUCAAAUGUCGAAGAAAUGGCGAGGAUUGUGUCCUGCCUCAGCAAUUAAUUCAUGAUGACAUAGCAGACUGUGAUGGAGGUGCAGAUCUAUGUUUUAAAGCGCAGAUUUCUCGGAAAACUAGUUUAAGAACAGAACUACAACAUCGCGGAGAUCUCGAUCUUUCUAAAUGUUUCAUGUGCUUGAAUGACGUCACUGUGAUUGCUUCAACAAGUGUUUGUGACGGAAUAAUAGAUUGUCCGGAUCUAUCUGACGAAUGUCUUUGUGAUAAAAGUCGACCUAGCAUUUGUGAACAAGUAAUUUCAUAUGAUGAAAAUGGAUUUCUUUCUAUAACUAUGGUUGCUCCACCAACUACAGAGACCGGACUUACCAUGACAUGGUUUUCAAGCGGAAAAUACACAGAUUGUAAUGUUGGUAACGUGAUUUGCGCAGGGGGAAAUUGCAUCAAUCCAGAGUCAGUUUGUGACGGUACAAUAGACUGCCGAGAUGAUGAAAAAUACGACUUUUGCCGCGGAACUGUACCUUGUUCCAGCGCCAUAAAAUACGAAACGAAAUGCAGAUGUUCUCGCGGUAGCCACACUUGUGUAAAUAUUCAUGGAGUAGCUUGUGACAGUGUGGCAGAUUGCCAUAUUGGGCCACCUUCUUGGGGUUCUAUUGUUUCUGCAACUCAAAAUUCGUUUCCUGAUGAUGAGUGCGAAGCUAGCUGCUUUGAAACCUUUACAAAUUUCACGUGUAUUCAUGAAUCAAUACAAUUGGUAGGGGUUCCAGAGGCAUAUAUCCCAUGCGAACAUCAUUUGGAAUUGGAUGCCAACGAAAGUAUAAUAAUAACCAAGCAUCUGGAAUCGAAGUUUGUCUGUGAUGGAAGACUACAUUGUCAACAGGGCGAUGACGAAAAAAAUUGUGAUAGAUUUUUGUGUGAUGGGAAAGAGGAAGGUGUUAUAAGUAUAGAGUAUGACGAGGUAUGUGAUGGAAUUGAACAUUGUAAAAAUGGUUCUGAUGAAUCGAUAGAACUUUGUGCGGAAAAGAGAUUUCAUUGUCCUGCACUUGGAGGAAAAAAGGUUAGCAUCGAUGUUGGAUUGAAAUGCGAUUUUUUGAUAGCUUGUGAUGACGAAACAGAUGAAAUGGACUGUACUGAUGGACGAUUUUACUGUGAAAAUAAAAAGCCAUUAUUUGUUCUGGCAAAGCAGAAAUUUGAUGGUCGUGGUGACUGCACAGAUUGGAGUGAUGAAUGUCCAACAAUUGACCAAUCAACUUCAACUGAUGGUUUUUCGUCAAGAUAUGAACUCAUUGCAAAUCCUAUAUUACGGGCUGUUGUGUGGAUCAUGGGGUUGUUAUCUCUUGGUGGAAAUGGGGUUGUUAUUUUCCAUGAAGCAAGAAGACUGAGGAAUAGCAACAGAAAAUUGACAGCCAUCGUAAUAGCAAAUAGAUUGCUGAUUUUAAACCUGGCCUUCUCUGACGUCAUCAUGGGAAUAUAUCUUCUAUCGCUUGGGAUUGCUGGCCUCGCCAUGCAGGGCGUAUACUGUUCUAGAGACUUAAUUUGGAGAUCAAGUGCAGCAUGCACGACAUUGGGAAUUUUAUCGGUUAUUUCAAGUGAAACCUCGGUUAUAACAAUGGUUCUGCUGACUAGCUGUCGGCUUUACGCAAUUUUUCAACCCUUUAAAUCAUCUCGUCACCCCAAAAAGAAAACAGUGUCUUUGAUGAUCAUGAUAGGACGAUAUCAUUUUUAA